UCUAGCAUCGUUUCAGGAGGCUGUCCUCGGCUAACCGAGCUAGCCACGACAAGAUAGAAUAAACAAACAAUUUAAAUCCUCUGCAUUAGGUCUUUGUGAAGUUGUCGAACUCUGUUGUUACAUGUCCUGUGACUGUGUGGCCUUCUGCCCGCUUCAUGUAAGAGUUGAUCAUCGAGCUCAUGUCAGUCAGUGAAGGUGAAGAGGGGGGUCUCUUUCGGGCUGCCCCAAGCGAUAACUCCCAAGACCUGCUCGACAACCCCACUAAGACAGUGGCCACGGGGAGCACACCUGAGGAUCAGGCUUCACCUGUGGUGGACGAAGCUUCUCCUUCUUCAGCGUCCUCUUUUGAGAUGCUUGACAUGGAGUCAGCUCAUGCUCCUUACCAAGAAGUGCAGCCUCACUGGUUCUUCUGUCGACGUGCUGAUGACAACACCUCCUGGCUUCCUUUCAGCAGAGAAGACUCUGACAAACUAGAGAAUGCCUUCACCAACAUCAGCGACGAGGGUGAGGAGGAUAAGGUGGUAGCUGUGGAAGGGCAACGGUAUGAUGUACAUGUCAAGGAAAGGAAGCGUUACGCUGUGUAUUGGGAGCAAGCUCCCUCUGAGGUCCGCAGGUGCACCUGGUUUUACAAAGGAGAUAAAGACACCAGAUUCAUGCCUUAUCCUGAGGAUUUCAGCAAGGAUCUGGAGGAAGCCUAUAGGAAAUCAGUGACUUCAGAUGAAUGGAAGAAGAAAUUGGAUUUUCCCACUGGAGAGACUGUCAUCUUACACAAUCCGAAGUUGAUAAUGCAGUAUCAGCCAAUAGGAUUGCAGGAUGACUGGGUGUCCUCCCCCUCAGAACAUACCCGGCCAAGAACUGUCAAAAGGGGAGUAGACAACAUCUCUGUAGAAAUACCUGAUGGUGAACCAGAAAAGGUGGACCAUGUUGUCUUCAUGGUGCACGGCAUUGGCCCUGCGUGCGACUUACGUUUCCGAUCCAUCAUACAGUGUGUGAAUGACUUCAGGAGUGUUUCCCUAUCCCUCCUGGCCUCUCAUUAUAAGCGUGCUCAGCAGGAAGGUCAGGUGGGCCGAGUAGAGUUCCUCCCAGUCAACUGGCACAGUGCUCUACAUGGAGAUGCCACUGGUGUUGAUGAGGACAUCCAGAGGAUCACUCUCCCCAGCAUCAGCAGGCUGAGACAUUUCACCAAUGACACUCUGCUGGACUUGUUUUUCUAUAACAGCCCCACUUACUGCCAGACCAUAGUGGACACAGUGGCCUCGGAGUUCAACAGGCUACAUGUACUCUUUAAGCAGAGACACCCAGAGUUCAGCGGGACAGUUUCAGUAGUAGGCCAUAGCCUGGGUUCACUGAUCCUGUUUGAUCUGCUAACCAAUCAGAGGGAUGAAUCACAAGCUAGACAAGGGAUCUCUGGUGAGCCCUGUCAUCUGAACUGCAACACACUGGAGCAGACUCUGAACAGACUGGGCCUACAGCAAUAUCUGGAUGUGUUGCAGAACGAAAACCUGGAUCUCGAAUCUCUGGCUCUUUGCCGUGACAGUGAUCUUAAAGAUUUGGGAAUUCCUCUUGGACCUAGAAAGAAGAUCCUGAAUUAUGUCAGAAGGAAAUGGCUUCCAGAGGACUGCAGGAUGGGAGCAGUGUGUCAGGCACAAGGGCCACAACUUCAGCCUGAAGUGACAAGUACUCAGGAUGGCAAUGAGUCUUCAGGAUUACCACCUCAGCAGUUCCACUUGCACAGGCCGCAGUCUGUCACUAGUGCUGUGGACUAUGAGUACUUCGAUGUGGGCAUUGGACAGACCAAUGGAGGCAUAGCCAAGGGACAGGUAUCCAUUGAUUACCCGCAGCUUGAAUUCCACCCUCAGACGUUUUUUGCAUUCGGUUCUCCAAUUGGUAUGUUUCUGACUGUACGUGGGCUUAAACGCAUCGAUCCAAACUACACCUUCCCCACCUGCAAGAGCUUUUACAACAUCUACCACCCAUAUGAUCCUGUUGCCUAUCGGAUAGAGCCCAUGAUUGUUUCCGAGGUGGACCUGGAGCCCAUGCUAAUCCCUCACCAUAAAGGCCGCAAGAGGAUGCACCUGGAACUAAAGGACAGCUUGACCCGAAUGAGCAUGGAUUUGAAGAACAAUGUUCUGGGAUCAUUACGGACUGCGUGGCAGUCCUUUGCCAGACUGCCGGUUGCUGCACUGCCUCCGGGGGAAGGAGGAGAAACUACAACAGAGAAAACCCUUGAGGAGACGCAGGGAGGGUUUGAUGAGGCAGAGUCCUCAGAGUCAGUGGAAGAAAGAGAGCAUCGUGAGAUUAAAAUGGGGAUGUUAAAUGGAGGUCGACGCAUCGACUAUGUGCUUCAGGAGAAACCCAUUGAGAGCUUCAACGAGUACCUGUUUGCCAUCCAGUCUCAUCUGUGUUACUGGGAAUCGGAGGAUACAGCUCUACUGCUGCUGAAGGAGAUUUACGACAACCUAGGUGUGGCUAUCGAACAGCCACAACAGUAGGAAAGUUGUAUAAAUGAAGAAAUGUUUGCCUGAUUUUAGGAAAAUGAAGGACAAAUGAUAGAGCCAGAGUUUGUACAUUAUUUUUCCAGAAUGCCUUACUGUCGGGAUGAUACAUGCCUGCCAGAAUCUAUCCAAACCCUUCAGUAGUGACAGUUUGACUCCAGUCAGGUGAUCUAGGUUCUUCUUUUUUGUUUAACCUUAAUUUAGGAUGGCAGCUGCUUCUUGCCACUACAGGAAGCACCGUCGUGCUUCUGGUUGCACUAUUUUUAAUCAUUCUUUACUUUACUCUUCUUUUACUUCAAGUUGCUUAGUUACUGAAAUAUUGUGCUUACAACUACCAGAAAACCCACACAAUACCUUUGUACUUGUUUGUCGUCGCAUGUCGAACUAGAACUCAUUUUCAGGUGGCACUUUCAACAAAAACAUAUUUACGAUUUCAUUCAUAAAAUCAAAAUGGCACAUAUUCUUUUAUAUUUAUCUAUAGUCUGUAAAAAAAUUUAUAGAUUUCCCAACUCUGUGCACAGUCUGCAAUCACACAUGUAGAGUUGUUUUGUUUGACUUAAUAGGAUUUUUGCUUUAUAAACAGGAAAAUGAAAGUUUGUUUUGUCUGUUAUGUUUUUCUGGCAGCUCUAUUCUCUCUGCCCACAUCAGAGACACUUGAAACCCAAAGCUGCUUUGCCAUACAUUUGUGCAGCGUUUUGGUAAUGUUGGUGUCACUCCUGUUACUUCACAAACAUACUGCUGUUAAUGUAAGUAAUGUUUGUGUCUAACACAUGUAUCUGUAUGAAGGAACCAUGAUGAUGUUUGGAAAUGCAGGUGUCUUUUUGUAUGCACUCUAAGUGUGGGUUGGUAUUCUAUGUUUUAAGAUUGUGUAAACUAAUGGAAAGGUCACAUUCACCCACUCUCCCUCAGUUUUGUACCAUUUCCUCUUUACCAUGUUGUUGCUUCUUUGCAUUUGGCCCAGCAAUGCAUCGUCUGUCCUAAAAUAUAGUUGCUUCGGAUUCAGACUACAGUCUUCGGGCAGUUGUAACUUUGGCGUUAUCCACGAGUCAGAUUUUUCUUAUCUCCUUCUUUGUACUGAAGUUUUGUAAGUCACCCUUUCUGUUUGCACUGCAUGCACUUCUUUUUAAAAAUAGCACAGAGUUUUGCAACAUAUUGUGAUCCUGUUUCAAUUCUUACGCUCUAAAAUGUUAAUGAAUAUUAUGCACACGGCAAAAGAAUUUUGUUGUAAAAUUCAUAAGAAUUUCAUUUCAAGUACAAGAUGUAUUAAAAGAUGUUUCAAAUGUAUUUAUUUUAUAUAAAAUAUAUAUAUUUGUUGGGAAAUAUCAGUAUUAUAAGUAAGAUAAAUUUGCAUAUCAACCAACAUAAUGUCAAGACUAUUGAGUUAGAAACUGUGUGUGUUAGAGUAAUUUACCUUUUGUAAGACUCUUUUAUUAUCACUAUCAGGGUAGCACAGCCCUCUGCACGUGACAUUUGCAUAAAUAAUAAAUUAACCUGCUCAGCUGGUUCUUUUUCUUCUUUUAAAAAUGCACUAAAUGCGCCGUAACCAUGACGAUGUUCUGUAGAACCUAAUGAUUGUCUGUAAAUUUCACUUUAUAAACCACAGCCAUGAUAAACAGUAGAAAACAGGACUUAAUAGUCCAUGAGUCUUCUUCAAAACCAUAACCAUUGUUUUGGGCACUUUAUACUGAUAUACUGUUAUAUACCAAAUACAAAAAAAAUCCUUUCUGAUACCCUGUAAAUGUGGUUACAUGUUUUGUGUGCCAUAAUAAAAUAUUCCAAAUGC